UACUGUUAGUGCAAGUGUAACGUGAACACAUGGCGGAAAGUCUUGUAAAAUCACACCAUAAUGAUUCAAAUAAUACUGAAAAUUGUCGACUUGAAAAGAAGAAUAUUGAUGCAUUCAAAAUUUUCCUAUCGAAAUUGCAGACUGCCACAUACGAACCUGUGGUGUUUUUAUAUCAAACAUGUUACAUGAUAACAAUCGCCACUUCCCAAAACGUGAUGUUAGAGAAAGCGUGUAGAGUGAACUUAAACCUUGGUGACGAUAUCUGUACCUCUCUCAGACUUCAAAACCAAAGUGAAAGUCUCAAACAUCACGAAGAAAUUCUGCAGAAAUACGUAGCGCCCAGUGUCACCCUGCGCACGUACACGAUACUUAGUGUACCGUGUAUCCUACUACUUUUGACAGGGUUCUUCAGCGAUAACACUGGGUAUAGAAAGAUAAUACCAAUGAUCCAAAUAGUGGCACAGAUGCUCAUAUGCGUGAACAAUUUGGUGCAAGUUUAUUUUAUGAAAGGAACUGGCCUGUAUUUCUUCGUGGCAGCUGAAGCGUUGUUGGAAGGCUUGGGAGGAGGAUAUGCAUCUGUGCAGAUGACAGCAUUUUCUUACGUGGCGAAAGUAACGAGCGUGGAAGAGAGAACAUUCAGGAUCGGUCUGUUAUACUUUGCUCAAUCAGUAGCUGUUCCAGUGGGUCUGGCGAUUGGUGGUCCCUUACUGAAACAUUAUGGUUAUUACUGGUGCUACAGUUUGUCUGGAUGUUUAAAUCUCAUCAAUUUUAUGUAUAACUUGUAUUGGAUCAAAGAAGCCAAAAGAAGUAUUGAGCAAAAACAGCACGACGGCCGAGGAUUCGUCUACUUUCUCCGCCUCUUCUUUGACUUCACGAACAUCAGGGAGACGGUGCGCGUCGUGUUUAAAAGGGGACCGAACAAUCGACGCAUACGCAUCUGUAUCAUGCUGGCCAUAGUCAGCAUCCUUUAUGGACCUGCGUAUGGGGAACUAUCCGUAAUAUACAUGUCAACGAGGUACCGGUUCGGUUGGGAUGAAUUGCAGUUCAGCAUCUACCAGACAUACAAUUUUGUUACUCACACCCUUGGUACGGUGUUCUCUCUCGUUGUAUUCAGCAAGAUAUUGAAAUGGCACGAUUCCUUGCUGGGCAUCAUUUCCACGAUAAGCAAGAUCGUUGGCUCCUGCGUAUACUGCUUUGCGGCCACGGCAACGAUAUUCUACAUAGCUUCUAUGGUGGAAAUCUUAAACGGAACGUCUCUUCUAGCAAUGAGAUCUAUCGUGUCAAAAGUAGUGGACCCAGAAGAAUUGGGUAAAGUAAACUCCAUAUUUGGGCUGACUGAGAACCUGAUGCCUUUGAUCUUCGUGGCCGCUGUACACCACCGUGUACACCCAAACCAUGGAGGUACUGCCAGGUGCUGUGUUCCUCAUAGGAGCUAGCACGUCUGUACUAGCAGCGGCUGUUUUUUUCUGGCUAUUUUAUGAACACAGAAAUAAAGAACUGAGUCGAUUAAAUAAAGAAGAAAUUGGUGUCACAGAGCCUCUGAAUGGUGCCGAAGCAAUACAUUAAAUAAAGAUAAUCAUGAAGCUUGUUGAAAAGUUAAGUGUCAUGUAGAAUAAAUACUUAUAUUGUAGAAAUGUUAUUUGUAAGUGAGUCAAAUUGUCGUGUUGUAAACACAAUAAAUAAUCAAACCAAUAAAUGUUCAUAUUUUAAUACAUGUAAAUAAAUAAUUUCGAAUAAAACCACA